AAAAAGAGAGAGAAGCCAUGGCCGCGGAAGAAGCGACGGAGUUCUACCUGAGGUACUAUGUCGGUCACAAAGGGAAAUUUGGACACGAGUUCCUGGAGUUCGAGUUUAGAGAGGACGGUAAGCUCCGUUACGCCAACAACUCUAACUACAAGAACGAUACUAUUAUCCGGAAGGAGGUGUUUCUCACCCCCGCCGUUCUCAAGGAAUGCAAGCGUAUCGUCUCCGAGAGCGAGAUUCUGAAAGAAGACGAUAACAAUUGGCCGGAACCUGACCGUGUUGGAAAGCAAGAGCUUGAGAUCGUCUUGGGUAAUGAGCAUAUCUCAUUCGCUACAUCUAAGAUUGGAUCUCUUGUUGAUGUCCAGAGCAGUAAUGAUCCUGAAGGGCUUCGCAUCUUCUACUAUCUUGUUCAGGACUUGAAAUGUCUUGUUUUUUCGCUCAUCUCUCUGCAUUUCAAAAUCAAGCCUAUCUAGAGAAGAAAUCAGUAUGUGACAUGUGAAGACGAGAUGAAUUUGUUGGGAGCUUGAGGACUUUGUGACUGAAAUUUGGUUGUUUUUAUGUCUCUGGUUCAUUCAUGCGAGUUUCUUGUAUUGUUAGUUUGAAAACCCUGAGUUCCAUUAGUAUGCUGCUUUUGCGUCGAAUCUUAUAUGUUGGUAUUGAAAAUGAACAAUGUUUUGGCUC